AUGCUCGAUCAACUCGUUGGCCUCGCGAUGCUUGUCGCUGCUUCCGUCGUCUUCCUUUACUACACCAUCUGGACACUACUUAUGCCAUUCGUCGACUCCGAUCAUCCUCUCCAAAACGUAUUCCCUCCUCGAGUCUGGGCAAUCAGAAUACCUGUCAUCCUUAUCUUGUUGGCAUCAGCUGUCGUCGGGUCCUUUUUGAGUGUGGUCAUGAUCAGAAGCAACAGAAAGAAGGCUGCCAAAGCGAAAGCUGCUUUGAAGAAGAAGGCAUAA